AUGCAGCUGCGUUGGAGCGGCCACCUCGUGCGCAUGGACGACGAGCGGCUACCCGAGCGACUGUUCUACGGAGACGUCGCCACUGAUUCUCGCCGCCAAGGAGGUCAAAUUUGCCGAUACAAGGAUACUCUGAAUUCCUCCCUGAAGCGUCUGCAAAUUAACCCGACAAACUGGGAAGACCUCGCCCACAACCGACCGAUCUGGAGAAGAACAGUGAAGACGGGCGCUGCGAUCUACGAAGCCAACCGCAUCUUCGCCGCCAAAUUCAAACGCCAAGCAUGCAAAUCACAGUAG